AUGAUUUUCAUCUCCUAUGUGAGAAUCAAUGCUAAAAGUGUUAGCGUUUCUGUGAAAAACGGGAUAAUUAACGGAAAAACCGAAACAAUUGAUGGCAAACAUGUGAAUGUCUUUUUAGGCAUUCCUUAUGCUGAACCACCCGUUCAUGACUUGAGAUUUAAAAAGCCGGUGCCCAUCAAGAAGUGGACACAACCUAUAGAUGCAACCAAAUGGCCGAACCCUUGCUAUCAAUUGCCACUUAUUAUAACUUCAAUGAAAAAUAAUAACUUCAGUGAAGAUUGUCUUUAUUUGAAUAUUUGGUCACCAAUUAGUUCCCAAUCUGAUGAUAGUUUAAAGGCAGUCAUGUUUUUCAUACAUUCCGGUGCCUUUCUUUACGGCACUUCCAGUGAUGAACACAUUGAAGGCUUGGCAUUGUCUGCGAUGGGAGAUGUAGUGGUGAUCACUAUUAACUAUAGGUUAAAUACGUUUGGAUUUCUAUAUACGGGAACCGAUGAGAGUCCGGGAAAUAUGGGUUUAUUAGACCAGUCAUUAGCUCUGGAAUGGGUUAAUGAUAAUAUCAGGUACUUUGGCGGCGAUUCCCACAGAAUAACAGUGUUUGGCGAAAGUUCCGGUGCCUGGGCUACCAGUUUGCACAUCAUAUCUCCCAUUAAUCGGAAUCUAUUCAAAAACGCUAUCCUUAUGUCCGGCGCUGCGCUUAAUUACGGUUUAGUGGUUGAGCCCAACAUUGCUCUCAAGUAUUGGUUAAAACAAUCAAAACUUAUCGGUUGUUGCGAUGAACUCAACGCUUGUGACGAGAAGUUUACGAAACAUAAGGCGCUGCGCUUAAUUACGGUUUAG